GAGCAAUGCCCUUUUCCACAAUUUUCUGGCCACAAACCAGCGACUUGGAAAUGGGUCAUUUGUCCUUUAGCAUUAUAUGCAUGUGAGAGGCUAAUACGUUUUUGGAGGUCUAAACAAGAUGUCAUAAUCACAAAGGUUAUCAAGCAUCCUUCUGGAGUUUUGGAGAUUCAAAUGAAGAAACGAGGUUUUACUAUGCAACCAGGACAGUAUAUUUUUCUUCAAUGUCCUUCUGUAUCACACUUAGAGUGGCAUCCAUUUACACUAACAUCAGCUCCUGAAGAGCCAUUUUUCAGUGUACAUGUGAGAGCUGUUGGAGACUGGACACAAAACCUUAUCACGGAGUGCGUAGCAAAAAGAAAUAUCCACCAGAACACUUGGCAGCUGCCUAGACUGGCUGUUGAUGGACCCUAUGGAUCAGCA